AUAGACUUGGUCAACUUCCCUCUUAGGACUAGGCAUCUUUUCCCCUCAUUCUUAUCCAAAAACUCAGAUCGUCUUUUCUUGAACAAAAAACUACCGACAAAAUUACAAGGCUAAACAGGCAGCUAACAAUAUACUGCGGAAAUGGAAGAAAUACCAAACAAAUCUCAUGUUUUAGUUCUUCCUUUCCCCGUACAAGGCCAUAUAAAUCCAAUGGUUCAAUUUUCAAAGAGAUUAGCAUCAAGAGGAGUUAAAGUAACCUUAAUUACCAUAGAUUCUAUUAGCAAAUCCAUGCCAAUGGAAUCUAAUUCAAUCAAGAUUGAGUCCAUUCCACAUACUGACUCUCCACCAGAGAGUUAUGACAAUUUUCUUGAAUGGUUCCAUGUUUUAGUAUCCAAAAACUUGACACAAAUUGUUGAGAAACUAACUGAUCUUGAAUACCCUGUGAAAGUUAUUGUGUAUGAUUCAAUUACAACUUGGGCAAUUGACUUGGCACAUCAACUAGGACUUAAAGGGGCUGCUUUUUUUACACAAUCUUGUUCUCUUAGUGUCAUAUACUAUCAUAUGGAUCCAGAAAAAGAAAGUAAAGUUUCUUUUGAUGGUUCUGCUGUAUGUUUGCCUUCACUUCCAUUGUUGGAGAAACAAGAUUUGCCUUCUUUUGUCUGUCAGAGUGAUAUGUAUCCAUCACUUACAAAACUUGUGUUCAGUAGGAACAUCAAUUUCAAGAAAGCAGAUUGGCUUUUGUUCAACUCAUUUGAUGUGUUGGAGAAAGAGGUGAUCAACUGGUUAAGGUCCCAAUAUCGAAUCAAAACCAUUGGACCAAUUAUUCCAUCAAUGUAUCUUGACAAGCGACUAAAAGAUGACAAAGAAUAUGGUUUGAGUCUCUUCAAGCCUAAUAGUGAAACUUGUAUGAAGUGGCUAGACUCGAGGGAAUUUGGCUCUGUUGUAUAUGUAUCAUUUGGAAGUUUAGCCAAUCUUGGAGAACAACAAAUGGAGGAACUAGCUUUGGGAUUGAUGAUGAGCAACUGCUACUUCUUGUGGGUUGUUAGAGCUACCGAAGAGAACAAACUUCCCGAGGAAUUCAUGUCCAAGUUAUCAGAAAAAGGACUAAUUGUGAAUUGGUGUCCUCAGCUCGAUGUGUUGGCUCAUCAAGCAGUUGGAUGUUUCUUUACUCAUUGUGGAUGGAAUUCGACGCUCGAAGCAUUGAGUUUGGGAGUGCCAAUGGUGGCCAUGCCACAAUGGUCAGAUCAACCAACUAAUGCAAAAUUUAUUAGUGAUGUAUGGCAAACAGGACUUCGCGUUAAGGCCGGAGAAAAUGGUGUAAUUAGAAGAGAUGAAGUAGCCAGUUCCAUAAGGGAAGUCAUGGAAGAAGAGAAGGGUGUCAUGCUUAAGAAGAAUGCAAUUAAAUGGAAACAUUUGGCUAAGGAAGCAGUAGAUGAAGGAGGGAGUUCUGAUAAGAAUAUUGAAGAAUUUCUUUCAAACUUGUAAUGCACUAAACUAAGUAAUUAACUGAUUCAUAGAACAUUUACUUUACAAAUGCUUCAGCAUUUUUUAGAGUGAUUGUUGUUUCUUGUUGUUCACUAUAUAUCGGUUUGUAUCUUAAUUAUUAAUUCCGUCUAUUAUUUUGUUGAUACAAAUAUACAAUGGUCUGAUAGUUUGUACUUUUGUUAUCAUUAGUAGCAUUUUCCUUGUUUGAUUCGAUUG